AAAAAAGAACUUGGAGAAUGUCUGUCAGCUGAGAGUCAAGAAAAGAAUGUUCACACUGUUCACACCCCUGAAGGUGAAAUAAAGAUAGAUGACUUUGUCAUUUUUGUAUGAGAAAAUAUUUGUUUGAAUUAAAGGAGGCCCAUGUGUAUGACAUUUAUCUGCUGAUAUAAAUUUAAAAAUAUGAAAAGUAACAGACCAUAAUCUUUACUCUCUGUUUUUAAACAGUGACACGUGUACGUCCACCAACGAACACUGUCUCACUUCAGACACUACAGCGUAGAUGUAGAGAAAGAUUUCAGGCUGCCAUGAAGAUUCAUGGAGGAACAAAGUCUAACAAAAGACCUGCACUUGAUGGUCUCUUCCACACUGUUUCUAAAAAAUGCAAAACUAGUGUGCUUGGUGAUUAUAUAUUAUCUAACAGUAAGGUUACGAAUUAUGUCAUUAAGCAAUGUAAGCGAAGGCAGUUGGCAGAAUUUCAAUGUUCAAAAGAUAAUAUAUUGCGAAGUAUAGCUACUUACUACACUUCUGGGGUAAAGGGGAAAAGGAAAUAUCAAGCUGUGAGGCAGGCAUCCUCAAUGAAGUCCAGUAAUUUAAAGAGGGGGGGUAAAACAGCAAUUAAUCUUAUGCCAAACUGCCCCAUAGCAAAACUUAUCACUUACAAUUCUCUUGUAAGUGAAAUUAAAAAGAUUGACAUAGGAAAGGUUUAUUAUAUUGAGGAAGAAUUCUCUACUGACAUAGAUGAUGAAAAUAUUAAUGGGUGCUUUAGAGAUUUACGUGAGUAUUUACCACGGCUAGCAAAAUUUUACUUAAAUAUGCAGGGGAAACGCAAAGGUGCAUUGAAAUGGUUAGGGGAAACAAAGGGUAGGUUUCUUGUUGCAUUUGGGGGAGAUGGAUGUCCUUUUGGUAAAAAUGAAUCUGCUUGUUCAUUCCUUAUUAGUUUUCUGAAUGUAGGAAAGAGACUGGCAUCCAGCAGUGACAAUUUUUUUGUCUUUGGUGCUAAUGUAGAGGAGACGUCUCCUAUUUUAAAAAAGUACUUAAAUUCUGUAUGCAAACAAAUUGUAGAUUUAGAUGGACGUAUAUUUGAAAUUAAUGGUUUAAAAGUGUCAUUUCAUUUUGAGGAGCUUCCCAAUGACAUGAAAUUGCUUGCAAUGCUUGGUGGGGAGCUAAGCAAUUCUGCUACAUUCUUUUCGUCAUUUGCAAAUGGAAACCCUGGGAGUAUUCAAGUAGACUGAAGAUUGUUGAAAAAGUAGAUUCUUUGAAGUCCUCACUGGAUGGGAAACCUUUGUCCAGAAAACAGAAGAGAACUAAAGUAACAGAAUUUAUAGCUCGUCAAAAGAGCCGUCAAGAAUGUCUUCCUUUGGUGGGUAAGUUAAUUAACAAAGCUCAUGUAGAGCCACUUCAUCUCAAAAAUAAUGCUUGGGGGUAUUUUUUCAAAGUAUUGUUAAAGGAGGCAGUGGCCAAAUCCAACAUACCAGCAACCUGCAAAACAUUUGCAGAGGUCCCACAGGAAACCUGUCUAGGGAGAGUGGUCACUGCUCUCAAAUGUGAAGUGAAGGCUGGUCGCUUGGCCAAAAAGGUUCGA